CGUGCAUAAUCAUGCGAUCAAUUAUUCUUGAAAUGAGAUUACUUAAUUUAUCCCAAUAGACCGCCUUUGGGUCGGGAAGUUGACAUAGAUAAUUGUUGAAGGCAAUGUUAACACAUGAGAAUCCGUGGAGGAGUUGUUUCCAUAGAUUCGAUGAUUGAUCAAACAUCACUUUUCCUAGAUUGAAAAAAUGGCGAGUGGAACGGUGAAUCCUGACAACAAAAGAACCGGAAAUAAUUUGUCGACGAUUUAUGGCAGAGUACCCACCGUCGGCACUGAUAAAAUGAAGGUGACCUUUUGCACGGACAUGGACAAGUCCGUGAUUGUUUACAAUUUUGAGAAACGAGGCUGGGCACAGGUGGGACCUGAGGAUGACUGGAAUUUUUACUGGGCAGUAACACAAUCCUGCCGAAACAUAUUCAGCGUAGAAACAGGAUACCGAAUGGGUGACAAUCAGACGAUAAAUCAUUUCCCGAAUCACUACGAAUUGACCCGCAAGGAUUUAUUAGUGAAAAACAUAAAGAGGUACCGAAAGGACCUCGAGCGAGAGGGAAGCCCCUUAGCAGAACGUGGGGAUGGUCCUGGUAAGUAUCUACACCUGGACUUCAUCCCCGUGACCUUCGUGUUACCCGCGGACUACAAUAUGUUCGUAGAGGAGUAUCGAAAGUCUCCACAAAGCACUUGGAUCAUGAAACCCUGUGGGAAAUCCCAGGGGGCGGGGAUUUUCCUGAUUAAUAAACUUAGUAAAUUGAAAAAAUGGUCUCGAGAGGCGAAGAAUCCCUUCAAUCCGAAUUUAUCGAAGGAAUCUUACGUCAUAUCUAGAUACAUCGACAAUCCCCUCCUAAUCGGUGGUAAAAAAUUCGACCUCCGCCUCUACGUCCUGAUAACAUCCUUCCGUCCCCUGAAAGCCUACCUCUUCAAGCUCGGUUUCUGUAGAUUUUGCACAGUCAAGUACGACACGAGCAUACAGGAGCUCGACAAUAUGUACGUUCAUCUCACGAAUGUCUCCGUCCAAAAGCACGGGGACGAGUACAAUAGUCUCCACGGGGGCAAACUGAGCGUUCAAAAUCUUCGUCUGUAUCUGGAGAGCACUCGAGGAAAAGCUGUGACUGAGAAGCUUUUUUCAAAUAUCUCCUGGUGCAUUGUUCACUCGCUGAAAGCUGUCGCGCCAGUUAUGGCUAAUGAUAGACACUGCUUUGAAUGUUACGGAUAUGAUAUCAUCAUUGAUAAUAAGUUAAAGCCCUGGUUGAUCGAAGUCAACGCCUCGCCCUCUUUGACAUCGACAACUGUGAACGACAGGAUAUUGAAAUACAAGCUCAUAGACAAUAUCGUAUCCGUGGUGCUACCUCCGGACGGUGUGCCCGAUGUCAGAUGGAACAAGUGUCCAACGCCCGAGGCAAUGGGAAAUUUUGAACUUCUCCUCGACGAGGAACUCUCCGCUCAAGAGGAGAAGGACGGAUACUCCGGCAAAUACAGGGGCUCCUCAAACAAGUGGAAAUGA